AUGCCUUCGUCUGCUACCUCCAUCGCGGCGAUGGCUGAUGCUGAUGAAUCCCCCUCGGCAACGAGCCACGAAGACGACGCCUCGCAAUGGACACGCGUGAUCCGAAAGGGCAAAGCAAUCGGCCGGCAAGAACAGGUCCUCCGUCUCCCCAGGGCCGGCCCCGAGUCCAACUUUCCCCCGAAUCCCCACGCCCGCCUCACCCUGCAGGACAUCCGCACAGAUCACGAGAAGAUUCCCCGCAAGUGGCGCGCCAGUCCCGCCUCCAGCGCCCUUGCCGACCUCAUCAUCGACAACCGCCGCUCCCACGCUCCUAUCACCAACGCAGUCUGCCUCGGUCUGGGCUCCUUUGACCCAGAGGACGGCUCCUUCGAUGCCACUCGCCGCUCCCAUGUGCAGCUGGAUGCCUUCCUUGCCAUAACCAAGUUGCUUAGUAUGCCUAUGCCCAAUUGCCCCCCUCACGGCUCUUCUGCCGUUUUCUUUUCGCUAAUGUGCGUCUGUCUGCUUCCAGAGGCCGACUCGAACGAGCCCGUUCACUGUGUGUUCCAAGAACCUCGUUUCACUGCCACGGACAAGGAACUCAUCAAAGACUUGGGUCAUACCGUCGUCGAUUCGCCAGGCGCUUUCGAUCUUAUCGACUCGAAUGCCUUGGUUUUUGGCGUACAUCUCUAUCGGGACAUCUGGGCCUCCGCCCUCGAUAAAUCUUUGCCCGCCAUGUUCGUCGGUACUGGCUGGGAUGUCUGGGACGAGUGCCCGGGUUCCGAUAAGAGCGCGGACUUUGAGCGCAUUCGAGAGAUGGACAUGACAUACGACAAGUUCGCCUUCCCACAAGACGACCACCAUACUUUCUCGAGCACAUCGAUUUAUUGGCGGAAGCGUGACGCGCCAUGA